AUGGGAGUCAUGCUAUGGUUCGCCGUAACUAUGGGAACAGGCAUCGUCGCCAUCCUUCUCUUUUUGAUUCCGUUUCACGCGUCGUGGCUAUACUACCUUUCGAUCGUCGUCUUCGUUCUCAAUGCCUUCCUAUUUACCGUGGGAACGGGAUUAACCGUUCUUCGAUACAUGCUAUAUCCGCGAGUCUGGCCUGUCAUGCUGCGCGACCCGGUCGACCCUUUGUUCUUAGCGACAUGUCCUAUCGGCUUCGCUACUCUCAUCGAGAUGUGGAUCUUUAUUUGUGUUCCGAUAUGGGGAGAUUGGGCAACCACACUGGCAUGGGUGGCGUGGAUGAUUGACACGGCUUUCUCGGUUGUGAUCACGGUGUCCAUCGCUUUUCUUUUGCUUUGCCAAAAUCACACAACCUCGCUGGACAAGAUCACAGCCGUUCAGCUGGUCCCCAUUGCAGCAACGAUUGUUGCUGCUGGCGUCGGCGCAGAAGUCUCCGCCAUUUUACCUGACUUGAAACAUAUGAGGGGAACGAUUAUCACAUCCUAUUUGCUCUGGAGCCUGAGCAUGUCUAUGGCCAUGAUGAUUCUUUUUAUAUAUUAUCAACGCCUCAUCCUCCACAAACUACCCCCAAAGCAGCAAGCUAUGAGCUCCUUUCUAACACUCGGGCCAGUUGGAUUUGGCGGAUUCGGCAUCAUGUACCUGGGAAAGGUGUCUAUCACUGCCUUUCACAAGGGCAGUUCAAUCCACCCCAUGGUCGGCGAUAUCGCCUACGUAUUAGGGAUAAUGGUUGCCCUAGCACUGUGGGGGUUCAGUCUUCUAUGGCUUGUCUUCGCCUUCGCGACGGUGUUCCGCUCAUGGCCCAUCCCGUUCAACAUGGGCUGGUGGGCAACCACCUUUCCCUUCGGGGUAUUCUGCGUCAACACGAUUCAACUCGGGGUUGAGUUGUCAUCAAUGUUUUUUAAAGUGAUGGGGACGAUAUUUAGCACGAUGGUGAUACUGCUCUGGCUUGUUGUCAGCGCGGGGACCAUUCGGGAGGUUCAUCGGGGCCAUGUUUUCAAUGUGCCGUAUCUGGAGGAUAUCUUCUCGGAGGAUGAUCAAAACGGCAGGAAGCAACGGCUGCCUGAGGUGCAAACCGCCAAGCAUUUCAUCAGACCAUACUUUGAGGUGCCUGAGAAUCCUCGCCAUGGUCGCCUAACCGACAUCUUUCCACACCAUGCGACAGGUGCAAUCUACAAGGUAUCCCCCCUUGGAGCGCUCAGGACUUCAGGUCGGAGACUGAUCGAUGCGAUCCCGCAUGCGUCUAGUAUCGAAGAUGAAUGCCACGAGGCCGUGCUGGAUUUCAUCCAGCAUCUAUCCCCCGACGAGAGUGAGAUAUUUGAGGCCACGGAAAAGUCGCAGCAGUUGAUCGAUGACCUUCGCGAGGUGGAUAAUUCCCAGAAGGGCUCGAUCUCAAGGAAAAUUGGUCCUGGUAUCAGCAAAUUCGUGACGGGGAUUGAACGAUAUGGAUCGGUGUUGGAUGCCGUGGCCGGUUCGGUCUCUUUGAUGUCCCCGAUAUGGGCGUCGGUGCGGGUGGUUCUUUCGCUUGCGAAAGAAUUUGGGGAAUACUUUGAGAAGCUGUCGAAUAUGCUCGAGGAAAUCGGAGAACACUUGUCGACUCUUCGCCGAUACCCUCGGCUCUACCCUGAUAACAAGAUCCUCCAAGUGGCCAUGGUAGACAUUUUCCAGGCGAUCGUCCAGUUCUGCGUCAAAGCUCGAAAUGUCUUCCACCAGGGCAAAAAGCACCAGAGAGGUGUCCGAGCAUUUACCCCCGUAGGUCUCCAUACGGCAUGGAAAAUCGUCUGGAAACCAUUCAACUCCCAGUUUGGCGGCAUUGUCGGGGACAUCAAAUCAGCUAUGACUCGUAUCCAGCACGAGGUUGAGAUCUCCGAGAAGGAACUUGCUGGUGAGGAGAGAAAUAAGGCGGAGCGGGAACGCCAGCGCCAAACAGAUCGCUGGGAUAAACUGGAAUCCAGUCAGAAAUCUGUCACCAAAUAUAUCGACCAGCAGAGGAUCACCCAGGUGAACAACUGGCUUGCGCCUGUGAAUGCCGCCUCGAAUCAUAACGCAGCUACCAAGUUGCGGCACGACGGGACGGGUGUCUGGUUUCUCGAAAGUAGCCUCUUUCAGAGCUGGCUGUCGACAUCGAACUCGUUUCUCUGGCUGCAUGCGAUCCCCGGAGCUGGAAAGACCGUUCUAGCAUCAACGGUCAUCAACUAUCUUCGUGAACACAAGCGAAGCGGAGACGUCGCCCUAGCUUACUUCUACUGCGACUACAAGGACGUCCAAAAGCAAUCGCCGACGAGCAUUGUCAGUACACUCCUGUCCAUGAUUGCCUCUCAAAACGACGAGGUGUUUCUCAGGAUCCAGGCAUUUUUCGAAGAACAGCUCAAGGAAAACCCAGCCUACGCUCCAGAAUUUGACGAACUCCUCAACCAUUUCAGUCAUUUCGUUGGUGAUUCUUUCGAAGAAAUAUUCAUCAUUAUUGACGCUCUCGACGAAAGCGAAGACCGCGAAUGUGUUGCGUACGCUACAAAAUCUAUUUCGGAAAGUUGCAGCUCUUCCAGAAUUUUUGUUACAAGUCGCAAUGAGGUUGAUAUCGCUCGCAUGUUCGAAGAUUUACCAAACACUUCUAUUGAGCCGGAGGACGUCGCAGGUGAUAUCCGGUUAUAUGUUGAAACGGAGGUUGCAGCGAAGAUCAAAGCAAGAAAACUGAAACUGCGUGACCCAAAGCUGAAUCAGGUGAUCUCCGAUCGAUUGAUUCAAGGCGCCCAUGGCAUGUUCCAAUGGGUCAAAUGUCAGAUCGAUCAGCUCUGUCGACUUCGCAAUGACAAGGCUGUCCGAAAUGCAUUGGAUGAUCUACCAAAAACCUUGCACGACACAUAUUUCCGUAUCUUGCAGAGGCUGCAAAACGAUAACGAAGACGAAGUUGAGAUAGUCCACCGUCUACUGAGAUGGCUCGUUCGAGGUGUGCGAAAUCUCACUCUCAGUGAAUUGGCUGAAUGUGUCAGCAUUAUUCCUGCAGAGGCAGAGGAUACGUUUGAUUUUGAUGCCGUCUUCACUGACCCAGAGGAUGUAAUCGAACUUUGCGGAAGCCUUGUCAGUCAGUCGGCUAACGGAUCGGUUGGCCUGGCGCACUACACCGUCAAGGAGUUCCUUAUCUCAGAGAGCCUCAAAGGAGCUAUGCCUCAAUUUUGGGUGGGAAAUAGCGACGUUCACACUGAGCUAGCAAGUGUCUGUCUGACAUACUUGUGCUUUGAUGAUUUCUCGGAGGACCAGACUGGCAAUGGUGACGCGAUUCUGCAAAGGUUUGGUGAAUACAAGUUCUUACCCUACGCGGCUCAGGCCUGGGGAUCUCACGCCCGUCUCGGUGACUCGAAUGAAGAUGUCUUUGAUCUAACGAUGAGACUUUUUGAAUCCCCUGAUGCAGAGAGAGGAAACUAUAAGAUAUGGUGCCGAAUUUACCAAUACCUUCAGAAAACAGUCGGUCAAGUUCACAAGGCUUCGAACUGUACCCCUUUAUACUUUGCCUCCCUGUUCGGUUUGCCUGCUACCGUUUCGGCCUUGAUAGAGAACAACAACGACAUUGAUAUCAGAGAGCCGAUGAAGGUUGCAGGUGUUGCUGGCCAUGAAGAUGUCAUCCAGACCUUUCUUGACAAAUGCAACCCGGUAGACCCGGCAAUCCUCUCGCAGUGUCUCUAUGUGGCCGCCUCUCGAGGACAUGAAAAAGUUGUCAAGCUACUACUAGACGCUGGUGUUGAUGUGGAUUCCCGGGGCGGCAAAAACGGAACGGCACUACAAGUGGCAGCUCUGAAGGGCCGUUACGAGGUUGUCUCAGUCCUUCUCGACUACAAGGCAGACAUGAACAUUGCUUGCAAACGAUAUGGAGUACCUUUGGCGUCUGCCGCAGAAAAGGGCCACUUGCGCACGUUUCAGAGAUUGCUCGAUCAUGGAGCUAAUGUAAAUGCUCGUGGGGGCUGGUACAUAUGUCCCCUGACAUCGGCGAUUGUUGGCAAGAAUAUGCAAAUAAUAGAGCUCCUGCUUGAAAACGCCGCUGAUGUCAAUGCUCUAGGUGGUCGUCAUGGGUGUCCUUUGAUGGCUGCUGCACAUAUGGGCAUGCUUGACUUGAUACGCUUACUGGUGGACUACGGUGCCAGGGUGAAUGAUGAGAAUGACAAAGGAUCUGAUGCGCUGUAUGCUGCCUGUAUGACAGGGAACUUGGCCGCAGUGGAAUUUCUUUUGGAACUGGGUGCCGAUGUCAAUGCCAAGGGUGGCAAGCAUCGUAAUGCACUCAAUGCUGCCAGCGCGGAAGGCCACCUCGAUAUCGUGAAACAUCUCCUGGAGGAAGGUGCGGACGUUGACUUCUUCGACGAGCAUUAUGGCAAUUCAGUGCAGGUGGCUGCUUUUGCCGGACACAGAGAACUUGUGCGCGUCCUGGCAGACGCCGGCGUGGAUGUCAAUGCUUCCGGUGGCGACCGAGGAACAGCUCUCAUUGCCGCGGCUCAAAAUGGACACUCUGAUAUCAUUUCUCUCCUCUUUGAGCUCGGUGUCCCAUCUGGCGACACACAAGAAAUAGACAACGCGAUGAUGAUCGCAGCUAGGAGGGGACAUCUUGAAGUUGUCAAGGCACUCAUUGAAGCAGGUGCACUUUUGAACGAGGUCAGCACUAUGCCAGGGUAUCCUCUCUGUACUGCUCUGGAGGCAGCAGCAAACAAAGCACACCCAGCCGUGAUACAAUUAUUAUUGGACCGGGGUGCGGAUGUGAACUAUUGCAAUGAAGGCCACUUCAGCAUGCCAUUAAUAGCCGCUAUCCUCGGCGACCGAAGAAGCCUAGACAUUGUCAAGAUGUUAGUCGAUUCUGGUGCUGAUAUAAAUGCCAUGGCGUCGCCCGACGCCAACUGUGCCUGUGCUCUUGCAGUGGCAAUCCAUGUGAAAGACUACGACAUUUUCACGUAUCUUAUCGACAAGGGCGCGGAUGUGAAUUCAUCCCGGGUGAACUAUUAUUCUUGCUUGCAGCUUGCCGCAGAGUCAGAUGACCAACGCAUCAUAGACGAUCUCUUGGCCAACGGGGCCGAUGUGAACCUUCAAGUUGAGGAUAAACCGGAGCUCUCUGGCGGCAAGGCUGUAACGGCACUUCAAACAGCAGCUUUUUCGGGAACUUCGAUGACAGUUCGCAAGUUAAUCGAAAAAGGUGCACGCUUGUCGGUAGAUUCGGAGGAAUGUCACUUCAAAUCUGCUCUGCAAGCCGCAAGCUUUCGUGGUGAUGUAGAUGUCAUUCAGACCCUGAUCGAACUCGGAAGUGACGUUAAUGAGGUCGGCGGGACGCAUGGUACGGUUUUACAAGCCGCCGCACUUCAGGAGGAAAUCGACGCGGUUCGACUGCUCUUGGACGCCGGUGCUGACGUCAACGUGAAGAAUGUAGGCCAACAUGGCAGUGCGUUGUUUGCGGCUGUUGACGAGGGAUGGGAAGAUAUCGUCAGGCUGCUGAUUGAGAGGGGAGCAGAUGUUAAUUCGGGGCUCACAAAAGAGUUUGAAAAUGUUUACCCAAUACAGGCAGCGGCUUAUCACCAGCACGAUGCUAUCGUCCAGAUUCUCCUUGACGCUGGAGCUGAUGUGAACGCGAAAGGAGGCAAAUACUGCACGGCCCUUCAGGCAGCAGCCUCAGAGAACGACCCCGAUAUAUGUAGGAUUUUGUUGGAGCAUGGAGCGGACCCGAACAUUGUGGGCGGAAUUUGGGGCACUGCAUUGCAAGGGGCCUACAUUGGAGGCUUCUAUGAUGUCAUCUGGCUACUUUUCGACCACGGCGCAUCUCAUACCCUUUAUGGCGGAACACAUGGAACUGCUCUUGGCGCUGCCAUCUCCGGUUCCUGCCAGACACUGGUCGCGCGACUUAUUCGGCAGUACAAAGCGGACCCUAAUGCCCAGGUUCGCAAAUAUGGCUCUCCAAUUCAAGCUUGCGUCGCCAGGCGCUCAGAUGAUGCCAUCAACUAUUUGAUCGAGGAAAACGCCGACAUCAACGCUCGUGGUGGUCUAUAUGGCAACGCUCUGAUAGCCGCCAUCGCAUUGGAAGAUGAAGACGCGCUUACAACUCUCUUGGACGCCGGCGCGGACGUGAACCUCGAAGGAAAUAAAUACUAUCCGUCUGCCGUGCACGCUGCAAUUGGCGCUGGUGAUCUCCCAACACUCAAGCGUCUCGUUGCACACGGCGCCAACCUUCACAUUUGCGGCGGGAUCCGCGGUUCCACUCUCGAAUACGCCUCAUACAAGGGCUCCCUACCCAUCAUCCGAUACCUGCUCAAACAAGGCGUCGACAUCAACACCACCAGCCCAAGCAGAUACAGCACCGCUCUCCAAGCCGCCGCCAUCACAGGCAAACACGAGAUCAUCAAAUACCUCGUCAAGAAAGGCGCGAACGUCAACGCUGUGGGCGGAAAAUUCGGCACCCCACUAGCCGCUUCCAUGAUGAUCGCCGAGAACGAAUCUGUCGAACUGCUCCUGAGAAGAGGCGCUAACCCGAACGUCAAGCGCGGUAUCUACGGAUAUCCCUUACAAGCAGCCUGCGCGGCUGGGUAUCUGGAUGGUGUUCUGCUUCUCCUUCACUACGGCGCCGACGUCAACGCUCGAGGCGGCAAGUACAACACCGCGCUCCAGGCAUCGUGCACGCAAGCCUUCCCUGAGAUCACGGGGCUUCUGAUUGAACGAGGUGCAUAUGUCAAUGCUGUGGGUGGAGCUUACCGAUCCGCUUUGCAUGCGGCUGCGAUUAUUGGCUGGGAGUAUGGACUGGAGUUGUUGAUGAAGAACGGGGCGGAUUGGAGUUUGGUUGAUUGUAAAGCUUCUCAGUUGGGUGCGGACGUACUGGAAAAUGCCAAUGAGGUGCUACAGAAGGCGUUACAGCGACAGGAGAAUGGAUGGCCGGAAUUGAGCGAUUCGGAAGACGAAGGGUCGGAGGACGAGGAUGAAGAUGAGUGGGAAGACGAGGAAGAGGAAGAUGAGGAUGACAGCGAUGACGAUGAGGAUAAUGAUGAGGAAAGUGACGACGAUGAUGAAGAAGAAGAAGAAGAAGACUCUGAUACAGAAAGCGAAGCAGAGGAGAAAUUCGUUCUUCCCUGGAACGUGGACUCGAUUCCCUUCUUCAACGCGCCGUAUGUUUAUAGCGAAGUUGUCACAGCAGAGGAUAGUGAGGACGACAAUACGAGUGAUAACAGCAGCGACCACUCUGAAUCUAUAGGCAAGACAUCCUCGAAGACAGGUGAUGUGACGCUAUUUGAGACGUCGCCAGAGAGAGCUACUGUCUCUGCCGCGAAGACAGAUUAUUCGAAAGAUUGGAAGGACCUGGAAUGGUUGCAGAUUGGAGAAGGUGAUAUUGGCCCGAAGGAUGAUGAUUAG